AUAAUUAAGAAAGGGGAAUAAAUAGAGCACACGCGGUUCGCGUUAAGAGUUCAUGAUUAGAAGGUACUAGGAAUGAGGAAGAUAUUACAUCUGGAGUUUGUAUGGAGAGGUAAAGAGAAUAUGAGAGAAUGUAGCAAUAUGAUGUGGGUAAACAUCAAAAUGUCAACGGAACAUCGCUCUUAAUGUAUCUUGACAACAUGAGACUUUAGCAUUAGUACAGUCUCCAUCUAGAUCCUGUCGUGCUAUUCUCAUUCUAUUUCAAAUCUAUGUGCUUGGACAAAUGAUAACUUUCAGUUGGAUUCAAUUUCUUUCCUUAAAUAUCGACGUCCGACAUUGUUUUAACGAAUCCAGUUCCAUUUAUCAUGCUUAUUAGGACAAAUGAACAGUGAAAUGGAUCUAGUCUGGGUAAUUAUCUUGAACUCGUCGUCGUUUGACUAGAAACAGGAAAUAUCGAGGAUUUGGACCGAGUGUUAAGAAUUGUCUUUCGUCAUUGAAAUACUCAGGAUGAAACUGAUUGUAUUAUUGUCUGCUCAUUAUCAGGUCAAAAUGAUUCUCUAUUUAUUCAUUCUUUCUUCGAGUGUGUAUAAUAUCAUCUUGGCUGAUUCGAAUGAACACGAAAGUGCAGCCUUGCACCUUUUUCCAGGGGCUAUAAAACGAUCAUCAGCUGUUGUAAGUGGAUGUCAUUGCAACUGCACGUCAAACAAUAAUGAUGCUCUAUCGAAUAUUGGAUUUUUUCCAUGUCAUUCAUCUGAAUGCAUCAAGUGUGCUCCUACUAAUUACGAUGUAUGUGUUUCCGCCUUCACUGAUAACGAAGGAAAUCAAGAUUAUGGCUUGUACGUCUGUCUAACUGACCAACAACAAUCAAGAGCCAUGUGCCUUUAUAGUCUUCAGAUACCUUACUUUAUAUGCGAAAAGACAGAUAAUCGUUACAUUGAAUGCCAGUAUGAAAGAGGAAAUGAAGAAUCAAUCUGCACAUUUAGAGCACCGAACAAAGUAAUUUCUGAUGGCUGUUACCCGCUCGCGCCAUCUUGCCCGGAUAAUUCAAGAGUUUGCUGUGAGAGUGCACGGGAAUGCAGUUGUCUUUCCAACAUCUUUGCUCCCAGUUCGGAUAUCUGUUUGCAGAAGUCUGUAGCCAAUGGCCUAUGGGGAUCCUGCGAGUGUGAUGUGUACAGCGGAUCACCAGUUUGUGGAGCAUGUGGCGAAUGCGACGACGGUGGAGAUGAGGAUAGUCCUUCAGACGACAAGAAUCGUGUUUCAGGCACAAACAAUACAGGAGACGGGGGAGGUGGAGAUAUAGGCGGGUUUGAGGAAUCGCAUCAGGAUCCCAUGAAGAUCGCAGGCGUAGUCGUACCAAUCGUCGCCAUCAUUGUGUUUCUUGUUGUCGGUAUGAUAGUCGUCUGGCGGACUGGAGGGAUUCCGAAGUGCAUGAAGCGAAGAUGUGUAUGUACCUGCGAAGAAACGGGUUCCAUGACAGAACUACCGGUGAAGCGAUCACCCAGUGGCCCGGAUCACGAAAACCCUUACGAAAUUGAACCAAAUGAGGAACCACACUUCUACGCAGGUGUUCACAACAUAGGUAGUACCGACAGAUCUAAUCAGGAUGGACCACUGACAAACGCACAAGAAGACACAAACGGAUACUUAUGGUAUCGAGGAGAGGAAUCCUCAAAAAAACUGUCAUCAAAUCUAGAUCAGAAUAAAAAAGAUCCAGGAGACGGCCUCGUAUAUUAUGAAGUAGAAGAAACUAAGGAAACGCCAGGAGACAAAAAAGUCACCGAUACAACACCCGAGUAUCUCGAGUUCGAUGUGGAUGACAAGAUGGCAGCAACAAAAGAAGAAACUAAAAGUCAGGGUCAUACAGUGCAUUCCACAGAGCAAGCAGCCAGUCAUGCUAGUCCAAAUGCAAGUAUUUCACAAGAGGACUGUCGGUAUGGAAAACUCGACCGUAGUCCCAAUAAAUAUGGACACUUGAAAAGCAAAACUCAUUUCACAGAAGAAGACGAGUAUGGACACUUAGAACCUGUCAAAGGUGCCGCGGGAGAUAACACAUGCUUAUCCUCUGCAGAGACAGUAAAAUCCACAGAAAACCCUGGGAGUCAUGCUAGUCCAAACGGGGUCAUCAUUCAACAAUACACUGAAUACGGAAAACUUGACCGUAGUCCAAACAAGUCAGGGCACUUGAAAUACAGCACUCAUCCCCCAGCAGAUGACGAGUAUGGACACUUACAACCUGUCAAAGGCGCUGGAAGAGAUACCGCAGAUUGUCCCCCUGCAGAGACAGUGCAGUCUACAGAGCAACCACGGUGCCAGGUUAGUCCAAAUGUAGACAUGGCUAAAGAAGAUUGUCAGUAUGGAAAACUUGACCGUAGUCCCAACAAGUCAGGACAUCUGCAAUACGGCACUCAUCCUACAGAAGAUGACGAGUAUGGACACUUAGAACCUAUCAAAGGCACUUUAGAAGAUACCACAAGUUGCCAACCUACAGAGACGUACCAGGCUCUAGAAAGGAGUCCGGUGGUGAAGGCACUAACUGAGAACUUGCAGGGGGAUAGUGGUACAGAAUAUGGACAACUUGAUAUGACAGAAGUGGAACAACAUACAGCGCCAUCUAGUGCUACUCCUCAGUCGGUUUCAUUAGAUCCGAAUCGAACGAGAACGCCAGAUGAUAUGCCCCCGAGUAGUGAAGAAGUGUAUGGUAUUCUUUAAAUAAAAAAAACAAAUUUUAUGGAAAGGAAGCAACAGCGGAAAUUGAGGAGCGUUUGAUAAAAGCAGUGUAUAUAGAUUUAUAUGUAAAUGUGCGAAAU